GAAUGUUUUUUGAGUGUGACAGAAAGACGCUUGUGUUUAGUGGUACCUUAGCCUUUGUUUGCGACCUAUCGUUGUAAAGCUGUAAAAUCUAGACACACCUACUGAGUGAUUUUAUUCUUUCCUUUGCUACAAAAGUGUCAGAAGAAGCAUCUGCUCUUCAUCAACGGUGUGCUGUGAUUUUACACAGAAACACCGAACAACAACAACAGGGAGGAAUUAGCAGACUGAAGAUGGGAAAGCGGCGCUUUUCGGGGUUGGAGGUGACCCUGAUAGUGCUGUUUGCGUUGGUGUUGAUCGUUGCCGUCGCAUUUGUCAUUCUGUUUGCAGUUGGGGAGCCGGCACUCGUCAAGGAAGAGUCGGGGUCGGGGUCAGGUACAGAGAUCGUUCCAAUAUGCCCAGAAAUUUCGCUAGCAGAGAGAGUGGACUGUUUUCCGGAAGCAGGCGCUUCCCAGAAAAAAUGUUUGGAAAGAGGAUGCUGUUGGAGUCCACUGGAUGAUACGAACGUCCCCUGGUGUUACUUCUCCAAAAACCAUGGCUACACUGUCACCGAACACAAAACUGAUAGCACGCAUAUCGAGGGCAAGUUGCAAAGAAUGGAUGCCCCGUCACUGUUUGGAGCUGAUAUUAAGGAGCUGACCUUCCAUGUAGAAAAGCAGACGGAAAAUCGUCUUCGAUUUAAGAUCACCGAUGCAAAGAAAGACAGGUUUGAGGUACCUCACGAACACGUGAAACCACCCUCCAGCCCUCCCACAGAACCCCUUCAAUACGAAGUGGAGUUGAUCCAGAAACCUUUUGGACUGAAAGUUUUGAGGUCGUCUUCCAAAAAAGUCCUGUUUGAUACAACCAUUGGUCCGCUGGUUUUUGCUGAUCAGUAUCUUCAGCUUUCUGCUAAACUCCCAUCUCAUAAUAUUUAUGGGCUUGGAGAACACGUCCAUCAGAACUUCCUCCAUGACACCAAUUGGAAAACCUGGCCUAUUUUUACAAGAGAUUCCUUUCCCAAUGGUGGCACACACAACCUGUACGGCCACUAUCCCUACUUCACAUGUUUGGAAGAUGAGAGCGGAAAAUCCUUUGGUGUUUUCCUCAUGAACAGCAAUGCCAUGGAGGUAACGCUCCAGCCCGCACCGGCCGUGACCUUCCGGACCAUCGGAGGGGUUUUAGACUUUUACAUCCUUGUCGGUGACACACCAGAGGCGGUUGUGGACGAGUUCACGAAGCUGAUUGGCAGACCUUUCCUCCCUCCAUACUGGUCUCUGGGCUUCCAGCUCUCUCGCUGGGACUACGGCAGCCUGGAUGAGCUGAAGAAAACCGUGGAGAGGAACCGCGCGAUUGGCCUUCCAUAUGAUGUCCAGUUCACUGAUAUUGACUAUAUGGAAGACAAAAAGAUCUUUACCUAUGAUAUGGACAAGUUUAAAGAAUUACCUCAAUUUGCCGACUACAUGCAUCAGAAGGGGCAGAAGUACAUUAUCAUACUGGACCCUGCUGUGUCCACAAGUAAAAGAUUGAAUGGGGAAUAUGAAACCCUUAAAAGGGGGAAUGACGCUAAAGUUUGGGUCAAUGAAGCAGAUGGAGAAACACCCCUAUUGGGUGAGGUGUGGCCAGGUGAAACGCUGUUUCCUGACUACACUAACCCAGCCUGCGUCGAUUGGUGGGUUGAUGAAAUCGACCGGUUCUAUAAAGAAGUCAAGCAUGACGCUCUCUGGAUUGACAUGAAUGAGAUUUCCAGUUUUGUGAAGGGAUCCAUCGAAGGCUGCAAAGAUAACAACCUCAACUACCCUCCUUUCACCCCACGUAUCCUUGAUGACCUCAUGUACAGUAAGACCUUGUGUAUGGAUGCUAAACAAACAUGGGGAAACCACUAUGAUGUCCACAGUCUUUACGGAUACUCCAUGGUCCUAGCCACAGAAAUGGCAACAAGAAAAGUAUUUGGGAAAAACCGCUCCAUGGUCUUCACCCGUUCCUCCUUCCCUGGGGUGGGCAAAUACGCAGGGCACUGGCUGGGAGACAAUGCCGCCAACUGGAAUGACAUUAAGUGGGCCAUUCCUGGCAUGCUGGAGUUUAACCUCUUUGGAAUCCCUUAUAUUGGUGCCGAUAUCUGUGGAUUCUUCGACGACUCUCCUGAAGAACUGUGCAGACGCUGGAUGCAAGUCGGCGCGUUUUACCCUUUCAGUCGCAAUCACAACGCACAAAAUUACAAACCCCAGGAUCCUGCAUGGUACGGUGAUGACUCCCUCUUGGUGAACACCUCCAAGCAUUACCUGAACAUCCGAUAUUCCCUCCUGCCCUAUCUCUACACGCUCUUCUACAACGCCCAUGUUAACGGAGCAACCGUAGUCCGUCCUGUGAUGCACGAAUUCUUCUCUGACAAUGCAACAUGGAAAGUGGACCGGCAGUUCAUGUGGGGAGCCCACCUGCUCAUCACACCUGUGCUGGACCCUGGUGUUACCACAGUGAGCGCUUAUAUCCCCGAUGCCAUCUGGUAUGAUUUUGAAACGGAAGAAAAGAUCCCACACCGUAAAGAGCAGAUUGACAUGAACCUUCCUGCUGAUAAGCUCGGUUUACACCUGAGAGGUGGAGCCAUUUUACCUGUGCAACGACCAGACGUUACAACCACAUACAGCCGUCGUCAUCCCAUGGGGCUGAUCGUUGCACUCGAUGACAACAGCCAAGCAUCAGGAGAACUAUUUUGGGAUGACGGAGAAUCGCGAGAUAGUGUAUCUGGCUCACACAUUCGCUACCAGUUUUCUGUGGUAGAUGAUGUUUUGUCAAUGCACGUCGCCCAUAACGGCUACACGGAUCCAAACAACCUGAAGUUUGAAAACAUCACCGUCAUGGGCAUCAUUGAGUCUCCUACUGCUGUGUUUGUGAUAGAAGGAGACGUCUCUACUCCUCUGACUGAGUCCCAGAUUCAUUAUGAUCAGAACAAACAGGUGAUGCAUCUGAGAAAUCUACAACUGGAUGUCGGGAAGGAAUACAAAGUGACAUGGGUCAGCGGCGCCGAGCGCUUCAAUUGCUAUCCGGAGGAGAACUCCAGUAUGGAAAAAUGCAAAGCCCGCGGGUGCAUCUGGAAGACUUCAGCUAUUCCCAACGCACCUUCGUGUUAUUAUCCAGCGGCUUACGGCUACAAGGCCAGCAAAGUUACUGACACAUCGAGCGGCUGGACAAUAGAUCUAGAACGCAAUACAGAUUAUCCCCCUCAGCGUCCACAAUCUCCAGACAUCAACAAACUCCGUGUAGAAAUCACGUACCUGAGCGGCCAUAGCCUGCGGUGGAAGAUUUUUGAUGCAGACAAAAAACGUUAUGAGGUACCAGUACACCUCACGCUACCACCCACCCCAGAGACAGAUGAAGGAAAGAGACUCUAUAGGGUCCAAAUAAAUCAAGAACCACCAUUUGGGAUCCAGGUGAUUAGAAAAGAUACAGGAGAAACUAUAUGGGACUCUUCCCUGCCAGGGUUCACAUUCUCCGACUUCUUCAUUGAGAUUUCCACACGCCUCCCCUCAAACUAUAUCUAUGGCUUGGGUGAAACCGAGCAUGGGAGCUACAAACAUGACCUCAACUUUCACACUUACGGCCUGUUUGCAAAAGACCAGCCUCCAGGGGAAAAGUUAAACAGUUAUGGAGUCCAUCCAUUCUACAUGGGUCUGGAAAAAUCCAAAAAUGCACACGGUGUCCUUUUGCUCAACAGCAAUGCAAUGGAUGUGACCUUGCAGCCAACUCCAGCAUUGACCUAUCGUACUAUUGGAGGUAUCUUGGACUUCUACAUGGUGCUGGGACCGACUCCAGAACUUGUGGUUCAGCAGUACACUGAGAUCAUUGGCCGCCCAGUUCUUCCAGCCUAUUGGACACUUGGAUUUCAGCUUUGUCGUUAUGGUUACGCCAACGAUAGGGAGAUUGAGUCCCUUUAUAAUGAAAUGAAAGCUGCACAGAUUCCUUACGAUGUGCAAUAUGCAGACAUUGACUAUAUGGAGAGACAGAUGGAUUUUACGCUGGACAAAGACGACUUCCAGGGACUUCCUGCUCUAGUGGACAAGAUGAGAGCCGAGGGAAUGCGUUUCAUCUUCAUUCUGGACCCGGCUAUAGCAGCUAAUGAGACUGAAGAUUACCCAGCAUUCACUCGCGGGGUACAACAGGAUGUUUUUAUUAAAUGGCCUCCUGCACUGAGCAGUGAAAUUGUGUGGGGGAAGGUGUGGCCUGACUAUCCCAAUGUGAUUGUGGACGAUUCAUUAGACUGGGAUACUCAAGUGGAGCUAUUCAGGGCUUACGUGGCAUUCCCCGAUUUCUUCCGGAACAGAACGGCGACGUGGUGGCACAAUGAGAUUAAGGAGUUUUACGACAAAAUCAUGAAGUUUGACGGCAUUUGGAUUGACAUGAAUGAACCAGCCAGUUUCGUGCAUGGCACCGUCGGAGAGAAAUGUCUCGGGGAAGACAUUUUGGAAAAUCCUCCAUACAUGCCCCCGCUGGAGUCCAAAGAAAGAGGUCUGAACCAUAAAACUAUUUGCAUGAACAGCGAGCAGAUUCUUCCCGACGGUACACCGGUCAAACAUUACGAUGUCCACAACCUCUAUGGCUGGUCUCACACAAAACCCACUUAUGAUGCUGUGCUUGAUGUAACUGGAAAGAGAGGCAUUGUAGUUACCCGGUCAACUUACCCAACCAGCGGUCAGUGGGCAGGGCAUUGGCUUGGAGACAACUACUCUGGCUGGGAUCAACUUUUGAAAUCCAUCGUGGGAAUGAUGGAGUUCAGCAUAUUUGGCAUGUCUUAUACCGGUGCUGAUAUCUGUGGUUUCUUUAAACCUGCCGAAUACGAGAUGUGCUUGCGUUGGAUGCAACUGGGAGCUUUCUAUCCAUACUCAAGAAAUCACAACAGCAUAAAGAAUCCUAGGCAAGAUCCAGUGGCAUGGGAUGACGCAUUCAAAACGGCCUCUCGUGAUGUACUAAAUAUUCGAUACACCCUCCUACCCUACUUGUACACCCUAAUGUAUGAAGCCCACGUCCAUGGAAAUACCGUAAUCAGACCCGUGCUGCACGAGUUUAACACAGAUGAAAACACGUGGGCCAUCGACAGGCAGUUCCUCUGGGGUCCUGCUCUUCUCAUCACACCUGUUUUGGACCAGGGUGCUACUAUGGUCAAAGGCUACGUGCCAAACGCCCGCUGGUAUGAUUACUACACGGGUCAAGCUGUUGGGGUGCGAGGACAGUUCUUGAAUAUGGAUGCACCAUUAGACAAAAUUAACCUGCAUGUUAGAGGAGGAUAUAUUUUACCAUGCCAGAAACCAGAGAGCAACACAAAACACAGUCGUAAGAACCCUAUGGGUCUGCUUGCCGCUCUUGAUGAUAACGGUUCAGCAAAAGGAUCUCUCUUUUGGGAUGACGGAGAGGGAAUCGACACUGUCAAGAAGGGAGAAAUCCUCCUGAUGUCUUUCGCUGUAUCUGAGAAAUCUCUGUCUGGCAAGAUUGACAAAAAUGGUUUGGAUGCGGCUGACAGAUUGACCCUGGGUGAUGUGAAGGUGUGGGGUCCAGGAACAGCGGCCAUCACUAAGGUUACCUUGAAAGUGAAUGGAAAUCCCGAUGUCGAUUUGAAGUUCAACAUCCCAGAAACUGAGGUGUUAGAAAUUACUGUGAGUACAGAAAAUAUUCUCCUGGAAAAGGAAUUCACCAUAACUUGGACAUAGACGCAUGUCGGAGAGAUGAGCUUCAGCAAAGAAGAGCAAUCACAUGAAUAUCUAUUUAUGAUUGUUGGGUGACUGUGUGUAUGCUUUACUGGUAAAUUAUUCGUCACUCACACUUGUUAACUUUGUAUAGUAGAUAUUGUCUAAAUUUAACAUGUAAUACUAUCUUAAAAAUAAAAUGUUUUUAUAAUUCUGGAAAAUGCA